AUGAUCAAGAAAAUGGAACAGCCUUACUUUACUGUAUCGGCCUGCCAUCGAUGCCGGAAACGAAAAACGCGCUGCGACGCUCGGCUUCCUGCUUGUUUGCCAUGCCAAAAGAUUGGCUCGAGGUGUGAAUAUAAUGAUAUUCAGACCAAGGUACUUUGCUCGAGAGCUUAUAUCUGCUCGCUGGAGGCAGAGGUCGACAGUCUUGAGCGUGAGCUACGCUAUAUGCAGUUUCCUCGAGAUCCCAGCUCUACCGGACAAGUCAACGAGCCAAGCGAGGGUCCGCAUGAGGGCGACUUGUCGAACCCUUCGCCGGACUCCACGCAAACCUCUCGAGCUCAACCAACCCUUGACAGCCUCGACCGGGGGCAUAACACUCGCUACCUCGGAGUAUCAAGUGGUAUGCACCUCGCCCGGUCAGUCCUCAACUCAGCACGUCUGAAUGACCCGUUAAUCGAUCACGUACCCCCUGAUCUUCACCAAACUCGGACGGAACCAGUGGCCUCCCAAGACCCUGCGCCUUCUGCAAAUCUCGCCAAGAGCCCAAGACUUCCCUCGGAAGAAGUUGCGUUAAAUCUCAUCGAGAUAUUCCUUGAUCAGUAUCAACUACAGUAUCCGAUCGUGUCACAAGAAUGGCUUGUUCAGAAGACGCAUGAGUUCUACCUCCAGCGAUCAAGUCUAGACGGCAGCCUCCCGGGAGACACUUGCACCGCAUUCGUCCUCCAGAUGGUUUUUGCCAUCUCCCUUCUCUCCAUAUCAAAGGGUGACCAAGGUGACGACGCCCUCAGUCUCGCAGAAGGGUUCUACGCCAGCGCCAUGUCUACUCUAACAAAUGUGAUGGAAAAUAAGGGGUUGGAAACACUGCAAUGCCUGCUUCUUCUUCUCCUGUACUCACUGCUCCACUUGUCCGCCACACCCAUUUGGCAUAUAUCAGGCCUUAGCCUAAGGAUGUGUAUCGACCUUGGUCUUCAAUCUGAGGCCAGCAUUAAAGUGUCGCCAAACGGCAUUGCAUCCGAUCUAGAAAUCGACUUUAAACGACGCCUUUUCUGGGCCACAUAUACCCUUGACCGCACAUUGAGCAUUAUGCUCGGCCGGCCGUUUACCCUAGAGGACAAGUACAUCGAUGUCGCUUACCCGGAGCUGACGCUGCCGGAGGAUAAACGAAGAUCGAUAAUCCAUUGGAUCAAGCUGCAACGGUUGCAGAGUAUCGCAGUGUCGCGUUAUCACAGUGUAUCAGAUAACCAGGCUACUUCACAGUCGAUAUGUUCCAAAGACCUGGCGAACGAGCUGGCGGCUUGGAUCGAUGAGGCAUCGUCAUUGACUGAUCCUACUCGGUAUACACUUGACUGGUGGCGAUACUGGUACCACAACACCCUACUCAUAAUCCAUCGUCCUUCGCCCAAUAGCCCCUCCCAGGACCUGGACAGCUUAUAUACAUGUUAUACCUCCGCGAAAAACGUUAUAGAGGCCUCCUUCAUCCGCCUGCACACAGACCGCUUGGGUGUGAGCUGCGUUGACAUCCACUACCAAUUCAUGGCAGGCAUUACGCUGCUGUUCCUUGUUUGGAACAGUGCAGAGAUACGAAAACACGCAGCCAAAGAGUGGGCAUCCUUCAAGAGUUGCCUAGUGCAAUGGGAACUCGUCCUAGAGAAAAUGGCCUCACUGUGGGAGAGCGCAAAUCGUGCCAGGGAGGUCGCUCGCAAGCUCUCCACUGCCACCGUUGACAUUGUGGAGAGAGAAAUUGCGCAGGCUUCCAGCACGCAGACUAUGCAUAGAGACGGCCGGAUCUUGAGGGCGCGAGAGCAAAAGCGUGUCAAAUUCAUCAUGGACCAAAUAAGCUCCCCGGGUACGAACAACCUAGCGACCUAUGGAAAUAUUGUCGCUUCUGCGAGGUGUGCUGCAAAGGACACGUACGAGGUAGCCGAAUCCAGUCGCGCCGUCCAUUCACCUGCUAUUCCAAGUAACGACGCGUAUGAGGAGAGUAGCCACCAGCAGGCGCAACGGACAUAUCUUCAUCCGGACCCAGUGCUCACAUCAUUUCCAAACGACCCGAUGAUGACCGACGAGACAACAAUACCCACGCAGGGAUACCCGUGGCAGGAAGCGGAAUUUGACCAAAUCUCCCAAAUGUUACGGGGAGCGCUGGAAGAUCCCGUGCUUCCUUUCUCCGACCUCUCUGCCAUUUUUGGCGAUACGUUGUGGUCGACCAGCUCUGGGCCUGAGAAUAGCAUGUACAACGCGGACAACAUGAAUGAUAUUGGCGGAUUUUCGAACCUCGGAUCAGGAUCCGUGAGUAUUUUAGGCGACACGUGGCUCGAUAAUGCAGGUCGCGCAAGGAAUAUGGCAUGGGCGGACAGCGUAUUGAACUUUCCAGAAGAUUGGGAGAACAAUUCACCCAUACCCUGA